AUGGUGCUCCGCCGGCUUCUCUUCAGCCUCCUGAACAACCCUCAGCUGAUUGAGAAGCUGUCCGAGUCCCGGCCUAUCCGCAGAGCCGCCCAGAUCACCGCCUUCGCCAUCACCAAGGCCCAGCUGACCAGCAAGGACGCGGCCCAGCGCCUCCUCCGCUCCGACACCGUCCGACAACUGAGCCAGGAGGCGGCCGGAGCUCCCCGGAACCUGGAGGAGAUGGGCCGGAAGAUGGGGAGGGUGAAGGACACGUUCAUGAAGGAGCUCAGGACUGGCAUGAAGGAGAUCAAAGAUACGACAAAGAAGCGGGAGGGCGAGUGA